AUGGACAACCUCAAGCCCCUGGACGGGUCCCCGUCCUUAAGUGGCGACAAACCCGCGCGUUCGCUGAAGAGUCCUUUCACAUGGCAAGUCGAACUUGGGCAAGCCCCAUCGACUGCGCUCUUGCAAGUUUGCUGGGCUGUUGUCAUAGCCAAGUACGCCAACGCAACCGACGUCCGGUUUAGAUAUGUUUCCGAGCAGCCAUCAGUUCCUGGAAAAUUGCACCUGUUUUGUUACCGGGUGGUGCCAGACCAGCAUCUAGAUGCGGCUUUGACGGCAGCCAGCUAUUCCGAUGCCACAAUUCAACAUGGGAAAGACAGUACUACGUGCCAGGAGCUUAGUGAUGGCUCCGCGGGCGAGAUACACUCCCAUACUCUGUUGGUGAUUCGAAACGGAAUGAGCCCUAGUAUGGAUGAUGAUGGAUCAUACCGAGACGCCUAUGGCGCGCGUCUGGUCGUAAUUUGUACGAGCGACGCUCAGCACGCCACAUUAAGGGCCUCUUUUGAUGACCAUAUCACAUCUCCAUUGUAUGUGUACAUGAUGGUGUCACAAUUUGUCCAAGCACUCCGCGUUGCUUCUCAGUGCAGACGAGGAAAUGUUUCCAUCCAUGACCUUCAAGAAAUCAAUCCUGAGGGUUUGGGCCAGGUUGCAGAAUGGAGUCAAGGUGCAACAUACGAGAGGAAGGAUGACUAUGCACACCAUUUGUUCGAGAGAAGGGUGGACAAACAUCCGCACGCGCCCGCAAUCUGCGCCUGGGAUGGUGAGCUCACAUAUUGUGAGCUCAAUGCGCAUGCAGCAGCCGUUGCAUCGCGGAUCCUGGAAGCAGCGCUGCCGGGAGAUGAAGGGGUCAUUGGUCUGUACUUUGAAAAGUCAAUGUGGACGACGGUCGCUAUGCUGGGAGCGCUGAAGGCCGGACGGGGGAUCAUUCUUCUGCAUCCUUCUCAACCUAUCAGCCGGUUGCAAGCAAUCUGUAAUCGACUGGGCGUUCAGGCCGUGUUAUCUCUGCCCCAGUAUGAAACCGCCGUCGAGGCUCUGGGCGUCCCGAAAAUACUUCUUUCGGUGAGAACAGACCAGCCCUGUACACCGAACCCUGCUCGCGAAGAACCAAAAGGCGCCCCUCCAUAUGACCGCAUCCUGUACUCCGGGUUUACUUCAGGCUCAACCGGUGAGCCCAAAAUUUACACCAUCAGCCACGCAUCCUUCUGCAGUGGCAUAGAUGGCUGGGGCCGGGCCAUGAACGUGAACGAAGGGUCGCGUAUCUUUCAGAGUGCUUCAUACAGUUUUGCCCUCAGCACACUCGAGCAGCUAGCUCCGUUGUGUCUGGGCGGAUGCGUAUGUGUUCCGUCUGAGGAAGCUCUUCGGAACGACAUUGGCGCGGCCAUUCGAGCUCUGCGCUCCAAUUGGGCCGAGUUCACACCGGGCGUGGCGCGAUUGCUGCACCCUGAAGCCAUCCCGGAGGUCCGGACACUGUUUCUGGCUGGUGAGGCUGUGUCCAAAGCCGACGUGGACAGGUGGCAUGGCCGUCUGGAUCUGCGCGUAUACUAUGGACAGUCGGAGAACGCUUUAGGUGCAUCGGUUGCAAGCCACGAGGAUCUGGCAUCGGACCAUCGCAACAUCGGACGCACCUUUGCCUCCCGGGGAUGGAUUGUUGACCCGGAUGACCACCACCGGCUGGUACCGCUUGGGGCCGAAGGCGAGCUGUUGCUGGAGGGCCCCUGCGUUGGGCCGGGAUAUCUCAACAACCCCGAGCAGACGAAUGCCACCUUUAUACACAACCCAGACUGGUUGCAGAAGCACCAGCUGACCCCCAUUGCUGGUGGUCGCUUUCUCAAAACCGGGGAUCUUGUCUGCUACGAUUUGCGGCGAGGUUGUUUCCAGUACCGGGGUCGAAAGGGCGCCCAGGUCAAAAUCCGCGGUCAACGUGUGGAACUGGGGGAGAUCGAAUAUCACGCCAACCAGCAUCUCUCUUCUUAUGAUGGGGCGCCAGUGGCCGAGGUUGUCAGGCCGGCAGAUAGCCCAGGGGACCUAGAUCCGAUGUUGGUCCUCUUCACCGCGUCGCGUCCGACAUCCAACAUAGAUGCCGUUCCCAAGGACAAGACCACUGUACCUACCGUUCUUCCGCCUAAUGACAAGUUCCGGAUGGAUACUAAAGCAGCGUUGGCGCGACUCGGUGAGAUCCUGCCGUCCUACAUGGUGCCUGUUGCAGUCAUACCGGUCUCCCACACCCCGCAGACACCCACGGGGAAACUCUCUCGGCGCAUUCUUCGCGAUCUUGCGUCUCGGCUGGCCCGAAAUGAGAUCAUGGCUUAUGGAAGUUGCCGGAAGCCUCACCUUCCGCCGCGUAAUCCUCAGGAAGAGACGCUGCAGCGCCUAUGUGCAGCUGUUUUGCGGUGUCCACCCAAACAGGUCGGCAUGCAGGACACCUUCUUGGAACUUGGGGGCGACUCCUUGACAGUCCGACACCUAGUGCAGGCCGCGCGGGUGGAAGGAUUGAAUCUACGCGCAGAAGAUGUCUUCACAAACCUCACGCUUGCAAACCUGGCCGAAAGGUGCCAGGAGAGCCCUUCGUGUGCAACCUCCCAGCUGUCCGCGGCAGUGGACGAGCGGACAAGCUCUGUCGUUCAGAAAUUCUUCAUCGACUAUCCCAACUUCGCGAUCGGGGCGCAUGUGGAGAGUGUCUCCUUAACCCAUGACAUCGUUGCGGCGGUUGGUAACAAGGACGCCGUCGAACAUUUUCUGUUUACCUUGUCUGGCCCGCUGGAUUUGGAACGGCUGAAGUCUGCGUGUCAGGCGCUGGUGGCGUCUCAUGCUCUUCUCCGGUCUCUAUUCAUUCCAUACGAGAAAGAGAUCAUGCAGGUGACUCUGCGCCAGUUACAAGCUCCCUACAGCGUCGUUCAGGCCCCGCGUGGUGUCGAUCUGGGAGCGUUUGCGAUCACCAUCUGUGGGAAAGACGAGAGACAAUCCCCCUUCGGACCGCAGCCUGUCACGGCGUUUACCGUUGUCGAAGCAAGCCGCGACAGCCACGUACUGAUCGUGCGCGUGUGUGAAGCACAAUGCGACGCCCACGGCCUGAAGACAAUGAUCUCGCAACUGAUGCACCUCUACGAUGGCGAGCCAGCCCAGGUGCCGCUUGACUAUCGGGAGUACCUGGGAAUCUGUGCAAAGCUCCGCACGCCUGCAGCAUUCAGCUUCUGGAGAAAUUUGCUGCUCGGCUCCAGCCCGCUCUACCUGGACGGACUCUGCCCAGGCGCUACUCACCUAGGUAAGGACUACUGCCGCGAUCGUCCUCCCAGCAUCAGCUAUUCACGUACCGUCUCACACGUCUGUCCGCCCUCGGGGAUCACCUUGGCGACAAUGAUCAAGGCGGCGUGGUCGUAUGUGCUGCAUCAAAAAAGCGGUCGUGAUGAUAUCCUGUUUGGGCAGCUGAGGAGCUGUCGUACAAUGAACGUGCCGGGCAUUGAAGACGUCGUCGGCCCUUGCACCAACGUCACGCCGGUCCGGGUCACCUAUUCACCUACAUGGCGUGUGGGAGAGGUGCUGCAGGCUGUCCAGGAGCAACACGCCCAGUCCAUUCCCUUCGAAACCAUCGGAUGGAGGGAUAUUGUCUCCCACUGCACCGAGUGGCCGAGCACUGCAUCCCUUCAGACCGUGGUGCUCCAUCAGGGCGAGGAGCAGGCAACUGAUAUCCUGGCUUGCGAUGGAGUUCGAUGUCGGGCCCUGGACUGGAACGCGGCCACCAUCCUGGGCCGUCUGUACUUGAUUACCACUGUUACCUCAUCUGGGAUCAAAGUUGAACUCUGUGUCUCCCGAGCUGCUAUCGAAAGUCGGGAAGCUGAAGGACUUCUGGAUCUGUUUGGUGGCGCCUUGAACAAGUUCGCCGCCGCAUGA